UACAAAACGGAAGUCGAAGGAAAUAUGAAUGUCAAACAGUAGCAUGGUGAGCUGCAUUUUUAAAGUAACCUACAAGUAAAACAAAAAUGUCGGGCUACAGUUUAUUUAGGGUAGUCACGUUAACGAAAAACAUCACAUCCAGCGCUGCAACGUUGCUGUGCAGGACGAACAUAUUAAACAGAACCCAGACAUGCGGUUAUGCUAAGAAAGUUGCGGCCAAAGGGAAAGGCAAAGGCAUGGCGAAAGAAGAGCUGAAAGGUCCGGAGGUGUGUAAAGACCCUGUCAGACUGACUUCAUAUGCAGUAGGGGCCAACAUCCUCAAGCAAGGGGAAGACCCCCAGCUGAAGCCUACUGAUCAAUAUCCAGAGUGGUUGUUCCAGUUGAACCUAGGACCGCCCCAAAAGUUGCACGAGCUGGAGUCCGACACCAGGGAAUACUGGAAGCGUCUGAGGAAGGAAAACAUUUGGCGUUUCAACAGACUGCAUAAAGGGAAGAAGUUUUAGGCCUUCACUGGACUGACAGAGAGCUUCUCCCUGUACAUCGGAUUGCUUCAGACUGUGUGGACUGAACCACGUGUCAUUGUGUACUGUAUGUUCAGACCAACUCUUGGCCACUUCCACCGUGUUAAUUGAAACCAUGCAGCAUAUUCAGUGGUCCUCCGAUGACUGAGAAUAAAAAAAUUAAAGUAGUUGGUUAGACAACUCCAACCCGAGGUCCAUUUAGUAAUUGUUCUAGAGCUUUCAAUUGUAUCCCACAAUCUUCUUGGGCAGAUGGUUUUUGCCUAGUUGUCAUGGAAUUGUAUGCUUUCAGAAUUCAACGAUUGCGUGAUAUGAUCGAAAACUAAUAAGCAGGCCUUGAAGUUGAUUUUUCUAUGCAUUUAAUUAAUUUGUACAUGUCUUCAUGUUCUGUUUUGUCCAUAUCAGAAGGACAAUGGCCUAUUUCCACCAAUCACCUUUUCACUAUUUGUUGUUUUUGCAGAUUCAUUAUGAAUAAAUAUGACUACAGAAUA